CCGGGCUUGGGGACGCGCCAGGAAAGGGGCACCCCUCGGUUCUCCUCAGCUGCCGGGGUUGAGGAAGCAGCCAGGAACGGGCACCCCUCGGUUCUCCUCAGCUGCCGGCGCUGCCGGGCUUGGGGACGCGCCAGGAAAGGGGCACCCCUCGGUUCUCCUCAGCUGCCGGCGCUGCCGGGGUUGGGGAAGCACCAGGAAGGGGCACCCCUCGGUGCUCCUCAGCUGCCGGCCCUGCCCGCUGCGGAGCCCCGCAGAGGCGCGGGCUGAGCUGCCGGCACACGGCCUGCGGCCCCAGCGCCGGGCGGGCCGUGUCAGCCCGUUGAGCGCGGCGCCCUUUGGCCCCGAUAGCGCAGCUGUGCAGGGCAGUCCAUCUAGGUAAAUGGCUGGAGUGUUGCUGUCCGAGCAGCGGCACGGCUUGACUUGUGACCGAGUUGGCGUUCUGGCAGGCUUCCGGUACCUGAAGGGAGCCUACGAGAAAUCUGGAAGGGAACUUUUUGCAAGGGCAUGGAGUGACAGGAGAAGGGGGAAUAGAUUCAGAUUGAAAGAGGGUGUUUAGGUUAGAUAUGGACAUGUUGCCCAGAAAAGCUGUGGAUGCCCCAUCUGUGGAGGUGUUCAAGACCAGAUUGGAUCUCUGGGCAACCUGUUACAGUGGAAGGUGUCCCUGCCUAUGGCAGUUUUUCAGCCGUGGGCCAAAUGUGCUGCAUCAGGACAGCAGUGCACCACAAGCUGCAUUCUUCUCACCUCUUCAAAAAGUGAUGUUGCCACCAAAUACCUUCCAAGGGAAAGUGGCCUUUAUAACUGGUGGAGGUACUGGGCUUGGCAAAGGGAUGACAACAGCCUUGUCCAGCUUAGGAGCCAAGUGUGUUAUAGCAAGCCGGAAGCUGGAUGUUUUGAAAGGAACAGCAGAUGAAAUUUCUUCUAAAACAGGGAAUAAGGUUCAUGCCAUCCAGUGUGAUGUGAGAGAUCCUGUUUCAGUUAAGAGUGCUGUUGCUGAAACAAUCCAAGUGGCAGGACAUCCUGAUGUUGUGAUAAACAAUGCAGCUGGAAAUUUUAUUUCCCCUUCUGAACGACUUUCUCCUAAUGCCUGGAAAACAAUAACUGAUAUUGUACUUAAUGGUACUGCUUUUGUAACUCUGGAAAUUGGCAAGGAGCUCAUUAAAGUAAAAAAAGGAGCAGCAUUCCUGGCUAUUACAACAAUUUAUGCAGAGAGUGGUUCAGGAUUUGUGUUGCCAAGUGCCUCUGCCAAAGCUGGUGUAGAAGCAAUGAGCAAGUCUCUUGCGGCUGAAUGGGGUAGAUAUGGCAUGAGAUUCAAUGUGAUUCAACCAGGUCCAAUAAAAACAAAGGGUGCUUUUAGCCGCCUUGACCCAACAGGUUCAUUUGAGAAGAAGAUGAUUGAGAGGAUUCCCUGUGGUCGUCUGGGAACUGUAGAAGAAAUUGCAAAUCUUGCUGCAUAUUUCUGCAGUGAUUAUGCAAGCUGGGUUAAUGGAGCAGUUAUCAGAAUGGAUGGUGGAGAAUAUGUUUCUAUGGCAGGAGAAUUCAAUGAUUUGAAGAGGGUUACCAAAGAGCAGUGGGAUGUGAUGGAAGCAAUGAUUAGAAAAACAAAAGGCUCCUAAAGUACAUUACAUUAUGGUGGAGAUUCUUGGAAAUGAACCACUAAUUUUUCAUUAAUAUUUAGAAAUAACCAAUUGAGAAAUAGCCUUCAAAAAUCUUUUUUAUGCUAAUUUCAAUAAAAUAUUUUGAAAUUGUUGUAUUUUGAAUAUAGUUUGUUUAUUUUUCCAAUGUAAAAUCUGUUCUGUUGCCAAUAGUGAGCAACGGUUGGUCACUAAUAUUUCAUUGGUCUUUAGAUUGUCUUACAUAGCCAUGCUAUGGUCUACAAUCAGCCUUUUUUUUUUUUUGUCUUCUGAGGAUUUUUUUCUCAUAUAUAUAUGUCUAUUAAUAUUGCAAUACCAAUAACAUUUCAGUACUAUCAUAACUGAAUGUAAUCAUUAAUCUGAAGAGAGAAACAAAAUACUAAGUUCUAAUCUUCACACUUCAAUAUGAAAUUCUAAACUUGCAGAUACAGUUUCACAUUAUUAGCAGGAUUACAUACACUGAGAAAAGAUGUAACGCCUGUGGUUACUUAGGAAAUCUUGAAAUGCCUAACUGUCUUGGUCUCAUCUUUUGUGACAUUUUCAGUCUGUUAAUUAUCUUUUUCUGAACUUUAAAAAUGGCAUUUACGGACGUGCUGUGCCUUUCUAAGGAGCUUGCUCUUUGUCAUGAUGAAGUUAAUGUUCUUGAAAAUGAGAAGCUGAAAAUCAUUUGUUAUUACAUAUGUGUGACUAUGGCAGCUCUCCAUAAGAAAUGCUUUAUUUAGGACUGUUAAAGAGAUGUUGGUAUACUGGAACUGAAAGUGUUGAAACCUCAAAUGUUGAAAUGUACAAAAAAUCCUUAGGUUUCAUUUGCAUUCACAGGCUGGUACUAAAGAAACUUUUAGAUAGCAUUACAUCUGAAUCUAGUCAAUUUAUCCAUCCCAGAUAAACAGGUGAUAAAAAAAUUGUUCUUCCUCUUUUAUCCAAAUUUAGAGAAUUGGUAGAUUUUGUCCCUCAUGCCUGAGACAAGGGCUGAAAUUCUUCGAAGAAAUUAUCAGCCUCUGGCCUUUACAACCUGAAAUCAAUGCUUUUUUUUUUGUUUGUGUGUGUGUUUAACCAGAGCUCCAGCCAGUUACCACAUACAAGCAUGUACAUAGUUUUAUGUGCUUUGAGACUGAUACAGUGAUUUAAGUGUCAGGACAAUAGAAUCAAUUUAAGGAUGUCUUCCUUCAGGUGCUGGUGGCAGUCAUGUAUUUUUCCACACAAUCCAGGGCAUACUUAACAUGUGCCAACAUCUGACUUUGAAGUCACCUUGAUUACCUUAUUACAAAUCUGAAGCCAGCUAAGAUGUAUUCUGCUGAAAGUGUGGACUGUGUUACUGCAGGCUUCCUUGUGCCUUUCUCCUGUGAGUGAUGGUUCUGUGUGGGAUUGAGCAGCCACUGAUAAUAAAACAAAUCAACUGUGUUUAUUGGAGCAGCCUUCAAGGUGUUCUUGAGCACAAUGUAAAGCUUUUUUAUGGUAACUUGGGCUUGGUAGGUGUGUUCUCAAGAUCAAAUUCAGACAUGACAGCCAUGUCUUUUCCCCAAAAAGUGAUUUAAUUGAGAAGUUAGGCCCAUAUAUAUGUCAUCCUUUGCAUAUAAUUAUAUUUUCUCCUUGUAUGGGACACAGUUGCAUAUAAGACUUUGAUAUUUGAAAAAAAGUGCUUCAGAGAAAAAUUCAAAUGUAUGUUUGUGAGAUAUGGCAACAUCAAUUAUUUCUCUGGAAUGUCUAGUAGGUUAUCCUCUGGUGACAGGCUGUCAAUAAAAGUAAGUUCCUAUCA